AUGAUGAAGUUUGUCUGUUUGUUCGCUCUAGUGGCAGUGGCUGCUGCUGCUCCACCACAGGCCUCCGAAAAGAAGACUGAUGAUUUGGAAAAGUCGCAAACUAUUGGAUUGGGAUAUAGCAGCCUUGGUGGAAUUGGAUAUAGCGGACUCGGAUACAGCGGCCUUGGAUACAGCAGUGGACUAGGAUAUAGCAGCCUUGGAUAUAACAAUCUCGGAUCAGUUGUGCACACUGGUCCCACUGUAGUUCGUAGUGCCCCAACUAUUGUUCGUAGCGCCCCAGCCAUUGUUCAUAGUGCCCCGGCUAUUGUGCAUAGUGCCCCCGCUGUUGUCCGUACUGUUCCAACCUACAGUUCGGUUGGUACUGUUGGACUUGGUCUUGGCACCGGUGUUGGACUGGGAUACAGCAGUGGUAUCGGUCUCGGAUACGGCCAUGGUAUCGGACUCGGUCAUAACCUGAUCUACUAA